GCAUUAUGCGAGGCGUCCUCGCGGCCGGAAUGCAUUAUUGCCGAGCGCCUCGACGCUGAUUACUUUCUCGCUAGACGCUUCCCCGAGCAUUUUUUUGGAUAUAUAGAUGACCGUCGUCCAAAUGCUCUCUACUAUUCGGAAUAAGUGGCAUAAUGUUCGCGUAGUCGGAGCGUCCGACGACGUUACCGCAGCGACAACUGAUGAAACAACACGUUUGGAUUCAACACAACAACAAAACAUUGCGGCGUCUAUCGCCUCUGCCGUCUCGGAAAAGAUCUUGGCAGUCGAAUCGGCAAUCACCCACUUAUUAUGCGGUAUAUACGCCCUAUUGGUGGUCGUUUUAGGCCUAGUUUUCCCCAUAACGGAUGCUCUAACCCGAAAGAGUGGGGACCAAUCUUACUAUGUGGAAAUAUUUCACCUCUACAUCUACUUAAUGGCUAUAGCUUUCUUAGUCUAUCUUCACACCUAUGUCCUUCGUCAUAGAAGAGAGGAAUCUCGAGUGAGGAACAUACGUUUGGUUAGCAAUAACCGUUUGGAUGCUGAUAAAACGUAUUCGAGCAUGCAUUCGAUGAGAGAUGUAGCCGCUGGUGAAGAUCUACCGAAGGAAGGCGACGGACAUCAAAGCCGAUCGAGGACGCCUAGUGAUUUGGAAUUAGACGUCUAUCAGCCGUCAGCUCUAGUUUCCUACGAGGCCGAAGGCGUCAAUUUUUAUUUGAGGAUCGGCUCGAUCGCUUUUAGCGCCGGCUCCAUGAUUCACGACGGUUUUAAGAUAGCGUCUGUAUUCGAAUCGGGAGCAACAAUACACUGCUACGGAGCACUUUACAUUCUCGUUGCGGUUACCCAUCUCCUCUUUACGUUUUUCCAGACCUUCUUCUUAUUUAAAAGCCACAAGGUCAGUACAAUUAUUUUGCUCCUUAAGCUUUAUCCCUGUUUAUGA